AUGACGCGUUUAUAAAGUAUUAAUGUUAUUUUAUAGUUCGACCGUGCUCGGCGAUCUGCCAGUAAUGCCUGGUUCGAUAUUCCAGCUUCCGGGGUUUGGCAGCAGACCGCUGGCUGACUGAUUGAACACUGAACUCUACCGUGUUAACACUUUUUGGAAGUGAUGAGUGAAGAUUCUAACCCUGCAGCCACACCCACCCCCUGUCAGGACAUUCAGGGAGAUGGUCGAUGGAUGUCAUUGCACAAUCGAUUUGUAUCAGACAGUAAAGGAAAGGAGCCUGAUGUUCUGUUUGUAGGAGAUUCACUUGUCCAGCUUCUGCAUGAGUUUGAGGUUUGGCGAAAGCUGUUUUCUCCUCUCCAUGCUCUGAAUUUUGGGGUUGGUGGGGAUGCUACACAGCAUGUAUUGUGGAGACUCAUAAAUGGCGAACUGGACCACAUCAGCCCAAAGGUUGUGGUGUUGUGGGUAGGCACUAAUAAUCAUGGUCACACCCCAGAACAGAUCUGUGGAGGCAUCAUGGCCAUCAUCGGUGUGAUCCAUCAGAAACUGCCCAAUGCUCACGCUCUUGUAUUGGGGUUGCUGCCGAGAGGCAAAAGUCCAAACCCUCUUCGUGAGCGUAAUGCAAAUGUGAAUGCUCUAGUUCAAGCUGAGGUAGCGUCUCUGUCUCGUGUCUCCUUUCUGGACAUGGACCCUGGGUUCAUUCACUCAGACGGUUCCAUCGCACACCAGGACAUGUAUGAUUAUCUGCACCUCACGCCACAGGCCUACCAGAGGGUCUGUGAGCCCUUACACGAACGCAUCAAAUCCCUCUUAGAAAAACAUGCUCCCUGAACACCAAACAAAUUACAGCAUAAACACCCUUUCCUGUGCAUUAACGGAUGUUUCAUCCUUUUUGCUCUUCAAAUAGAGCAUUACUGAGAUAUGAACACCCUCAGGAAAACUCAUGACUGUUUAAUAUACACACACGCAUAUACUGUAUAUCACAUUCUAUCCAUCAAUAUACAGCAUUGCUUACUUGUUACUACAAAUAUACAUUUUAUUGUCCGUUUAGAACCAGUUUAAAGAAAUACUUCGCCCCAAAAAAAAGUCUUUCUUCAUGUAGUUUUCUUCUGUGAAAUUUAUUUUAUUUCUCCAUAAAAUAAAUGGCAACGCAGGUUUAGAAUUACACAAAGGCAAAUAAAAGCAGGAUUUUAUUUUUGAGUGAAUUAUUCCUUUAAAUUCUGUACGAUUUAUUUUCUUUAGACAAAAUGAUUACAUUCCAAAGUGUGUACAUAUAUUCACAAGACACAGAAAUGUGUACGAGGUCAUUUGUCCUCUGAUUAAUGGUUGUUGAAGUGUACAUAAGGGCUAUGUGCUGCUAUCGGGGUUUGAUUGACGAAGAAUUUCUUGUGAUCCUUGUGUAGGAGAAAACAGCUUUCCCGAAAGCAUGCAGUAUAGCCCUGUAGAUGUUGACAACCACUCGUUUAUUUGUUGAAAGGAACAAUAUGGGUUAAUUUGGUUUCAUUCUCCAUUACUGUUGUCCCCAGUACAUGCCCAUGACAGACUCUUUUCUGAGAAAAGGGUAGGUGCUUCACACAGAGUUAUGCAUCUUUAAAACAAUUCCCUCAGAUGUAUUGUUUAAACGCUGAAUUUGUGUUUCAAUUAUUUUGUACAGUGUUUUGAGUUACUUCUUUUUUGUAAUUUUCUCCCACGUAUAUGUCUACUUUAUAUUUUUAUUGUUCAUUUAUUGUUUUGUUCCAGUGUGUGAUAAGCUGUCGAAACACAAGACAGCAGGUGAAUUAUGUGAACUUUAUGCACCGGGGUAUCUGAAAGUGAGUGAAAUCCUAAAUCUCAUUACUAAAGACAAGGAAGGAGUUGAAAUCAUAAGGAAGCCAAUCACUGUUUUUAUUUUUAUUGUAUUACAGUUAUGUUGUAUUGUUGUAUUACAACCAACGAACCAUCACUGUCAAAUGGUGAAGAAUAUGGUUAAAUGUAGCGGCGUGUGAUUCUUCUGCUGCUUUGUCCUGGUGUUUGUGUUCGUACUGCUUUGUCUGAUGGGUUUUUGCGAACGUCAUCUUCUAGUAGUCUUGAGCGAUUCCAGGAAUUGUAUCUCCUCGUGACUUCUUGAGAAGAUAUAUUUUGAGGAGAUCGAUGUCAUGCCUCGUGUUGCAAUAAACUAUUAUCAUGGAAAACCUG